GUUCGUGUUCCGAGCUGCACCCGCGGACUCAAAUUUAUCGUCGAAAUGGCGGAGACGACGGACAGAAUGGAGGUGUCCCAGGGAGAAAGCUCAGCAAAGCCUGCGGCCGAAGAUAUGACAUCCAAGGACUACUACUUCGAUUCCUAUGCUCACUUCGGUAUCCAUGAGGAGAUGCUGAAGGAUGAGGUGCGCACUCUCACGUACAGGAAUUCCAUGUUUCACAACAAGCAUCUGUUCAAGGAUAAGGUGGUUCUGGAUGUGGGCAGUGGGACAGGUAUCCUGUGCAUGUUUGCGGCCAAGGCUGGUGCCAAGAAAGUUAUUGGCAUCGAGUGUAGCAGCAUAUCAGACUAUGCUGUGAAGAUCGUCAAGGCCAACAAGCUUGAUCACAUUGUGACCAUCAUCAAGGGGAAAGUAGAGGAGGUGGAGCUCCCAGUGGAUCAUGUAGACAUCAUUAUCUCUGAGUGGAUGGGAUACUGUCUCUUCUACGAGUCAAUGCUCAACACCGUCAUCUAUGCACGGGACAAGUGGCUGAAACCCGAUGGGCUUAUCUUCCCUGAUCGGGCUACCCUUUACAUCACGGCUAUCGAGGAUCGACAGUACAAGGAUUACAAAAUCCACUGGUGGGAGAACGUGUAUGGGUUUGACAUGUCCUGUAUUAAAGAGGUUGCCAUUAAGGAGCCGUUGGUGGAUGUCGUUGACCCCAAACAGCUUGUGAGCAGUGCCUGCCUCAUUAAGGAAGUGGACAUCUACACGGUGAAGAUCGAGGACCUGUCCUUCACCUCACCCUUCUGCCUGCAGGUGAAGCGGAACGAUUACAUCCAUGCGCUGGUCACCUACUUCAACAUUGAGUUCACACGCUGCCACAAGAGGACCGGCUUUUCCACCAGUCCUGAGUCUCCUUACACUCAUUGGAAGCAGACUGUGUUUUAUCUUGAUGACUAUCUGACGGUAAAGACUGGAGAGGAGAUAUUUGGCACCAUCAGCAUGAAACCCAACGUCAAGAACAACAGAGACCUGGACUUCACUGUAGAUAUUGACUUCAAGGGUCAACUCUGUGAGAUGUCCAAGACAUCAGAAUAUAGAAUGCGUUAGAACCGUGUGUGUGUGUACGUAUGUAUGUGUUUUGGGCAACUCUUGAGGGACAUCAGUGCAUGUAUUGUGUGCGUGGCCUGGUUAGUUUUAGAUCUGUGUCUUAUGGUUAUGGAAUCCAUUAUUGAUGGAGAGGGAAAGUUUCUGGCUUUUAUAUGGACACUGAGUUUGUAUUCAAUGAUGGCGCGAGAGGAGAGGUGGCGCUUUUUUUAUUGUGCAAUACUCACACAACAUUUUUUGUUUUACCUGUAUUAUAGUCGUUGGGUCACUUGUCAUGAAGGAAUUAACUGCCUGGUGUGAAAUGAUGGGGGGGGCGUCAAUUAAGACAUGCACACAAACAUGCACUGCAUCCCUCUUGCCUGUACAUCGUCUUCAAGUUCACUCACUUUGACCGUGUUGUGCAGUCUUUAAGCCUGUCAAUACAGCAACAUGUCCAUGAAUCACCCCCUUCGUUUUUCUUUACUUUUAAAACUUUUUUUUUUGUUUUGUUUGUUUUUUGUUUUAAGAUAAAGCCUCUUGAGUGUUUCAUUGCCCAACGACACUCCAUCAGCCAAUCGGCAUGCGUCUGCGUGCAGGGACAAAUGCUGAUCGUUGGCAUAUUUUUGCAGUUCCAUGUGAGGAGUCCUCUGUGUUCACAGUAAAUAAAAAUAAAGUAUUGUUCUAAAUUAGGCAGCAGUUUCAAACCUUGUGAUUGGCUGCAUGUGCUCACAGUCUUGCUUGGACUUUUAUCCUGGCUGUGCUAAAGAACCUUGCUUGUUGCCAGUAGAGGGCGCCAUAAUAAAAUGGUUUCUUUGCGGGUUCAUUCUGGUUUUAUUUUCUGAUGAUAGUGAUUCUGCUUUUUACAUCUUGAGUUGUAGGUAGAAACUGCGAUGGCUGGAUGGAAGCUGCAGAGUUUAGUGUAAUCUUCUCAAAUGCAGUCAUGGCUGCUGUAAUAUUGGACCUUUUCACUGUUGAGGUCUGCAGCUCGGUCCCCCUCUGACUCAUGGUUUUUCAUCUUUUGUGCUGUGAGCACUUAGAUGUUAAGUUUUUUUUUUUUUGUUUUUUUUUAAUGCUGAUUAUGCAUGAACUUCAAAUGGACUUAGAUACUGCCCCAUUUUGUGAUGUGUAAAGUCAUUUUUUCAUACUGAUUAAGUCUAGUCUUAGGCUACACCACUGGGGUGUCUUUUGGGGUUUUUUUUUUUUGGGCCUUACUUCCUACUUUGCUAUGCCUAGGCUUUGUGUGUGACUGAGAAACUGACACUUGUUACCUCUAAAUAAGCCAGAGUGCUAAACACUGAUUAAGCCUAGUGGUAGGUUAAUGUUUUUUCCUUGGAUUAGGCUUAGCCAAUUUCAGCAAAACUUGCACUGCAUGUUAUUGUGAACAAAAAGGUGCAGGGGCUGAAUAAAUAGUCAUUUAGGUUGAUCACUGAUCUGGGUACAGCUGGGUUGCAUUAUACCCAAUAGGAUGUGUUCAUUUUUCCUGCUUUAUUAUUAUUUUUUAAGAAAAUAAAAUUUGGGGUGAAAACAUUA